GAGAACAGCUCUCCUCGCCAAUUUUUUCGUGUUUAGUUAAUUUCAUGCGUAAAAUCACCUCAAAAAGAUUGAUUGUUAGUGUUUAUACAAUUGCAAACAAUGGAAUCCAGUGAUAUAUUUGACCGUGCUGUCAGGGUAAAAGAAGAGACUAGUGAUGAGUCGCUGCUUCAAAACUAUAACGAGAUGAUUGACGAGAAACCCGAUUUGAACAACUUCCAACUCUCGCCAUUUCUGCAAGAAACUUCCAUUCAUACCAUUCGAAAAUGUGACAUUAAACUUGAAAGUGAACUUGACAACGAAGUAGAAAUAGUUGUUGAAUGUGAAGACGUCAAGCCCAACUUUGAUUCAUUGACGAUACGGAAAAUUGGCGAUGAUUUUCAAAAUUGUUUGCGCACAGUGAAAAAUACGAUUAAAAAAGAACCCUCGGAGAAAGUGAAACAAGAAAAUGUUAGUGAUACUGCCGAACAAUUGAAUUUAAAUCUCGACUGUGAACUUGCCGAGCAAAGUAAAAAAAGGAGAAUAUCAAAAAUGUCUGACCAUCAACAUAAAAUCAAAACUCAGAUUGAUACGAUGCACAAUGGUAACAUUUAUACGUGUGAAACAUGUGGAAAGACAUUUAAGCAAAAAUCUAAUCUCAAAACCCAUAUCGAUGCGAUACACAAUGUCACUCACUCGUGUGAUAUUUACGGAAAAAAAUUGUCAACAAAAACGUAUCUUCAAAUGCACAUUGAUUCAGUGCAUAAUGGUGUCAAAUAUGUAUGUGAAAUUUGCAAAAAAAUAUUCACACUAAAGAGUAGUCUACAAAUCCACGUCAACUCGGUGCACAAUAACAUCAUUCAUACAUGCGAUAUAUGCUUGAAGACAUUUACACAAAAAGGUUAUCUUAAAAUUCACAUCAAUUCAAGGCACAAUGGUGUCAAAUAUGCUUGUGAAAAAUGUGGCAAGAAAUUUCAACGAAAAAGUUAUCUCAAAAUCCAUAUCGAUUCUAUACACAAUGGGAUUACCUACUCUUGUAAUAUUUGUGAAAAGAUUUUUUCCACAAAAGGUCAUCUCAAAAUCCACGUCGAUUCCAUGCACAAUGGUGUCACUCACUCUUGUGAUAUUUGCGACGGUACAUAUAAAAGAAAGUGUGAAUUGAAUUGGCACGUUCAAUCAGCACAUGAUGGUGUCACUCAUUCAUGUGUUAUUUGCGGAAAGACAUUCUCAAGAAAUUGGUAUCUCAAAACCCACAUCGAUUCAGUGCACAAUGGGAUUAAAUAUACGUGCAGUAUAUGCGGAAAGACAUUUACACAUAAAGGUAAUCUUAAAACACACAUCGAUUCAAUGCACAAUGGGACCAAACAUGCAUGUGAUAUUUGCGGAAAGUCAUUUACUCAGAAAAGUAGUCUUCAAACCCACAUCGAUUCGAUGCACAAUGGAACCAAACAUGCAUGUGAUAUUUGCGGAAAGUCAUUCUCAAGAAAUUGGUAUCUCAAAACCCACAUCGAUUCAGUGCACAAUAAGGUCAAAUAUGCAUGUGAUAUUUGCGGAAAGUCAUUUCCAUACAAAAUUAGUCUUAAAAAACACAUCGAUUCAAUGCACAAUGGGACCAAACAUGCAUGUGAUAUUUGCGGAAAGUCAUUUACUCAGAAAAGUAGUCUUCAAACCCAUAUUGAAUCGACGCAUAAUGGGACUAAACAUUCUUGUGGUUAAUGUGGAGAAACGUCCAAACGAAAGAGAUGUCUUAAAACCCACAUAAAAACCCGGUGCAUUACUCACGUAUUAAAACUCGAAGAAGAUAUAAAUUUUUACGUGUUCAGAAAACCAAUUUAAAAAUGUCCAUUGAUAAUAAUAUUAUAA